AACAGGGCAGUACCUGACUGACUAAUUAACGCGAGCAAAAAAAAACAAUGAAGGUUGGCGGAGUGGUGUACGCAAGCCCACGCGCCGCCGCACUGCCCACACUGCUUCUCGGCCAUGGCAGAAACAGGCCUCGCUUCUCUGCUUCGUCUUCAUUACAUGAUCAUGCAUCUUUCAUAAAGGGUGUUGCCGCCAGUCGGCCUCCCGAGCAUUUGGGUCAAUUGCUUAAAAUAUUGAAAAUUAGAGGUGAUACAAUUAUGUCUCCAGGAGCCAAGCAAGGCUUACUCCCCCUUGCCAUUCCACUUGCAAGAAACAGCUCCGGAGCUGUAACUGCUCUAUUGAGAUGGCCUACAGCUCCACCUGGCAUGGAAAUGCCAGUAGUUGAGGUCAAAAAGCAUGGAGUUUGGCUAUUGGCCAAGAAUGUAGACCAAUUGAUUCAUAGAAUUCUAGUUGAAGGAGAUGCCCAAAACUCCAGCGAAGAUAUUGACGAGCUAUUUGAUGCUUCAGCUGAUGUGGGGGAGAAACUUUACAAAAAGGGUGACUUUGCCAAGUCACGGAUUUCGAACCUAGAUGUGUACCUUCUGAAAAAUGUUGGUUUGUUUCCAGAUGUUUUAGAGCGUAAAGUUAUGCGGCAUUUCGAGGAAGGGGAUCAGGUUUCAGCUUUGGUGACCGGGGAAUUCUACACUAAGAAGGAGCAUUUUCCAGGAUUUGCACGCCCAUUUGUGUUCAAUGCAGAGGUUUUGCUGAAAGUCGGUCGCACCACAGAAGCCAAAGAUGCUGCUAGGGGAGCUUUAAAAUCGCCAUGGUGGACUCUGGGUUGCAAGUAUGAGGAAGUUGCUAAUAUAGCUCAAUGGGAAGAUGAGCAAAUUGAAUACUUUAAGGAGAAGGUAACUGAAGAGGGAAGGCAAGAAGACAUUAAGAUGGGAAAGGCACCUGCUCAGGUUGCACUAGAUGAAGCAGCUUUUUUGCUGGAUCUAGCUUCUGUGGAGGGGACUUGGGAUGAAUCUGUUAAGCGGAUUGCCGGCUGCUAUAGAGAGGCCGGCCUCAAUGAUAUUUCGAGAUUUGUACUGUAUAGAGAUUAACCAUGAAUGUGGCAGAUUUUUAUGCGGAAUUCUUGUAAGCCAUUGAUUUGAAACAUCCCUGCGGAUGCAAUUUUGAGUGCAUUCCUUGCUCCUUUAUUCUGUGACAGUUUCAACUUUUUCUCCUGGGCAAUAGAUAUAUAUAGCAUUGGU